AAUUCGACGACGACAAUGCCGCCCAAACAACAGUCCUCCAUCGCCGAACGCAUGCAGGAGUUGGUUCUGCACGCAAAGGGCUCCAAACCAGCGGAAAUUGAAGCUAUCACGGGCAUCAAGAGGGUCGCAUUCUAUCGGCUAUUGGCACGAGCGAAAGAGAGGGGAUACAUACCUGGUAAAAGGGUCCAAAACCACCACGUUGAGAAUGCCGCGAAGACUGGCCGCCCCAAA